AUGGCCAUUCCUGUUUCUACUGUUUCUUCUGAGUCAGCCUUCAGUACAGGGGGUCAGGUGCUUGGCCCAUUUCGUAGUUCACUAUCUCCAAGAACAGUCGAGGCACUUGUUUGUACACAAAAUUGGUUGAGGGAUCCAAUACCCAUUGAUCUUCGUGCCUCCUUGGAUAAUAUUGAAAGCUUUGAGGCGGAAUUGGAACCUCCACCACCACCAAGUCAUCGUAAAUCCCCGCCACCUCCACCACCAUACUACAAUAAGUCUCCUCCUCUACCACCACCUCCUUCAUCUCCUCCCCAACCCCGUUACAAGUGUCCACCACCACCUCUUCCAUCUCCUCCCACACCUCGUAACAAAUCUCCACCACCACCGCCUCCUCUAUCUCCUCCCCUACCCCGUAACAAAUCUCCACCACCACCUCUGCCAUCUCCUCCCCCACCCCGUAACAAAUCUCCACCACCACCUCCUCUAUCUCCUCCCUCAACCGAUAACAAAUCUUCACUACCACCUACUCCGUCUCCUUCUCCACCCCAUAACAAAUCUCCACCACCACCUCCUCUAUAUCCUACUCCACCUCGUAACAAAUCUCCUCCACCACCUCCUCCAUCUCCUCCCCCACCCCGUAACAAAUCUCCACCACCACCUCUGGCAUCUUCUCCCCCACCCAGUAACAAAUCUCCACCACCAUCUCCUCCAUCUCCUUCCCCACCCCGUAACAAGUCUCCACCACCACCUCCUCCAUCUCCUCCUCCACCCCAUAACAAAUCUCCACCACCACCUCCGCCAUCUCCUCCCUCAUCACAUAAAAAAUCUCCACCACCACCUCCUCCAUCUCCUCCCCCACCCGGUAACAAAUCUCCACCACCACCUCCACCACCUCCACCAUCUCCUCUCUCACCCCGUAACAAAUCUCCACCACCACCUCCUACAUCUUCUUCCCCACCCCGUAACAAGUCUCCACCACCACCUCCUCCAUCUCCUCCCGCACCCCGUAACAAAUCUCCACCACCACCUCCGGCAUCUUCUCCCCCACCCAGUAACAAAUCUCCACCACCAUCUCCUCCAUCUCCUUCCCCACCCCGUAACAAGUCUCCACCACCACCACCUCCUCCAUCUCCUCCUCCACCCCAUAACAAAUCUCCACCACCACCUCCUCCAUCUCCUCCUCCAUCACAUAAAAAAUCUCCACCACCACCUCCUCCAUCUCCUCCCCCACCCCGUAACAAAUCUCCACCACCACCUCCGGCGUCUCCUCCUCCACCCAGUAACAAAUCUCCACCACCACCUCCUCCAUCUCCUCCCCCAACCCGUAACAAGUCUCCACCACCACCUUCUCCAUCUCCUCCUCCACCCCGUAACAAAUCUCCACCACCACCACCUCCGGCAUCUCCUCCCCCACCCCGUAACAAAUCUCUACCACCACUUCCACCAUCUCCUCCCCCACCCCGUAACAAAUCCCCACUGCCACCUCCGGCAUCUCCGCUCCCACCCCUUAACAAAUCUCCACCACCACCUCUUCCAUCUCCUCUCCCACCCUGUAACAAAUCUCCACCACCACCUCCUCCAUCUCCUCCCCCAACCCGUAACAAGUCUCCACCACCACCUCCUCCAUCUCCUCCCCCACCCCGUAACAAAUCUCCACCACCACCUCCGGCAUCUCCUCCCCCACCCCGUAACAAAUCUCCACCACCACUUACACCAUCUCCUCCCCCACCCCCUAUUUACAAAACGCCGCCACCACCUCCUCCAUCUCCUCCCCCACCCCAUAACAAAUCUCCACCACCACCUUUGCCAUCUCCUCCCCCACCCCGUAACAAGUCUCCACCACCACCUCCUCCAUUUCCUCCCCCACCCCAUAACAAAUCUCCACCACCAACUCUGUCAUCUCCGCCUCCACCUCGCUACAAAUCUCCACCUCCACCAUCAGGCUCAUCUCCUCGUACUUAAGACUACAAGUACCUAAGACCUCACAUCAUUUACUAAACAAAUCACAAUUUCUAUGAGAUUAUGUAAAUGUGUAACUGUCUUUGUUUCCCUUCCUUUUCUUUUACCCAUCAUUAAGUAUGAGAAUUUUUACCAUUUGGUUUUUUAGGUACCUUAUAAACUGAUAAAA